AUGGGAUUUGUUGACCGCGUUCCACACGGUAAAGAGAGUUUAAAGCAUCAAACAAGUCUUACAACAAUAUCAGAUGAAGAAUUUCAUGCUGCAUAUGCUGAACCAACAUUCACAAAGUGGCAAAGAUUUGUACAAAUUUUACUUUUCAUUUUUGGCUUAGGAUGGCUUCGUUUCCUUUUAGUAUUUGUUCUAGUUCUCGUCUAUAUAGUCAUUAUGACUCCUUGCCACGUUUUCUAUAGGAUUCCUUGCAUGCUUAGAAUUCUUGAACCAUAUGGAACAUAUACAUCUCAAAAAUUCAUUCGUGCAUUAGCAUUUUUGUUCGGAGUAUGGUACAUUUCUGUUGAAGGAAAGCCAGACUUCGAUGCCCGUGCCUUUGUUUUCAAUCAUCUGUCAUUGUUAGACGGAUUACUCACCUUCAUCUACAGACCAUUUACAAUCAUUGCAAUAAGUGGAAUCAAGACAAUCCCAUGCCUUGGACAGAUUGCUAUUGCAAAUGGCGCCACCUUCAUCGACCGUUCUAAAGCUCAAGGAAAUUCGGCUGCAAUUCGUUCCGUUAUGGAAGACCAUUCCAAAUACCCAGCGAGCAUUGCUUCAGAAGGCAAAAUUUCCAAUGGCGACAUCGUAUUUAGAUUCCGUACCGGAUCAUUCUUAACAGAUGAGCCAAUUCAGCCUGUUACAAUCAGAUACUCAUGGAUUUUCGCUUUUGGCGGCGUUACUUAUAACUGGGUUGUUGAUACAUUUCUUGAGUGGCUAUGGUUGGUUCUUUGCAUUCCGUUUGGACAUAUUCAUAUUACAUUCCUUAAGACAAUACCGUCUUCAGAGUUUGCCGGCAAAACUCCACAAGAAAAGGCUGAUAUGUGCCAACUUUUGAUCGCAAACAACCUUGGAACACUCGCCAUUGAUAGAUCGGCCAAAGAAAUUUUCCAGAAACCCAAAAAUUUAGAUAAUGUAACUUCUUCCACCCCUUUGCUCAGUGAAGAGCGUGAAAUAUAA